AUGAAACACGGCUCUGGAGAUGACUUAAGACAGAAAUUGGUUCGCCGAGGUCUCUCAUCACAAACUGCAAAGUGUCCUCUCCUCUGUGCCUCUGCUCGCCAGCGCAGCGCAGCGCAGCGAACGAGACGUGAACAAGCUCGCGCCAUCGUGAGAGAUCGACAGACCUGCGUCAAUAUGGCGAUGGCGAUGGCAAUGGCGAUGGCGAUUGGCGAGUUUGGCCACGGCACGCCAGCAUCACCCCGCAACCCUGUGACGCGUCAGCUCAGUCACAUAACAGGCACGUGA